GACAACUCUUUGGUAUCGAUGUCUCCGUCAGCAGUAUCACAUGUGGUGGUCGCAGGAGUUGCAUUAGGAUUGGGCUACUAUCUUGGGUUACGACUAGGCACUCAGGACGUCGCACCUGCCGCUCAACCUAUACCACCGGAGUCAGAACCCAAGGACAAGGAACCACCCAAGGCCGAACUAGAGGUAGACAGUGAAGAAGAGGAUGAUGCACUUGCAGACGGGGAUCUUAGCGCGGUCAAGGCAGGCUUCGUGCAACCUUGCAAAUUGGUCUUAGUCGUGCGAACAGAUCUCAAAAUGACCACUGGGAAAAUUGCUGCACAAUGUGGACACGCAACACUCGCAUGCUACAAGGCAUUAUCAAGGACAAAUCCUGCGCUCAUACAGCAUUGGGAGAGGAUUGGUCAAGCUAAAAUUGCUCUCAAAUGUUCGUCAGAGGACGAGCUCCUUGAACUCGAAGCAAUCGCCAAAAGUCUCAAUCUCUGCGCUCGAUCAAUACUGGACGCUGGUCGUACACAGAUCGCGGCAGGUUCCCGCACUGUUCUUGGUAUUGGUCCCGGUAGGGCAAGUCGCUCUUCGUGGUAAUCACACUGAGAUUCUUUGCAGCCCCCAUAGAUCUCGUCGAUCAGGUGACAGGUCACCUGAAGCUUUUAUAAUUCCGGCGGGCUUCUUAUUUACACGUUGUACAAUAUGCUGAUGUCAAUUGUACGCCUGCAUCGCCCAGUCAACUAGAUUCGUUGGAAUAUGAGAAUAGUGCAGUGCGAAAUAAUACAGAUGAGUAGUUAUUGUGCAUGUUGUCUAUGCUUC